CUGUUGUCUGGUAUAAAAAAAUGGCGGCGGCUCUUCGCUCCUUGAAGGGCAAUCCUCAAGUAGCUAAUUCUCUAGUCCUUUCCUUUCUUUUUUCCAUCUCCUUUUCUAGAGCUCGAGAUCAAAUAGGAGUAGAACAUCGUCUUUCGACUUGGCUAACUCUCCAUUUUCCCUCAGAAAGAUCUCUUUGUUCCUUUACUCUGUUGAUUUCCAGAGCUCUACUCUCCUUCCAAUGCUUCAAAUGAGAUUUCUUCGUUUUCUUUUCUCAUAAAUUUCAGCAUUUUUUCGGCUUGUUUCGCAGUGAUGAGCACAGAUUCGUGUUUCAAUCAGUUCUUCCUGAAAACGAUUGGAUUUUGUUGACGUUCGGAUUCGAUUCCUUGUAGAAAUUUCCAAUUUUUAUCCAAAUUUCGAGCUUUUCCUACUCUUCUUUGAUGGAUUCGGCUCUCAAGCUCUGAUUUCUGUUCACCUCCACUCUGCCAUCGAAUCAUCACCAGACCCUCUUCUGUUGGCUUUCAUUAAGCUAGAGUCCAAAAGUGUCCCGUUUCUGUCCAGGAAAAUCCUAUCUUGGAGCUCUUCUUGCCGGAACUUUUGCUCUGGGAAGUGAUAGAAUUUCUGUUUCCCCUUAGAAAGAUGGUGUCUAGAUCCUACUCGAAUCUUCUCGAGUUGGCCUCCGGCGAGCCGCCGUCCAUCGGCCGGAUCCGCCGCCGGAUCCCCCGGGUGAUGACGGUGGCCGGCAUCAUCUCCGACCUCGACGACGACUCCGACUCCGACAACUCCGCCGGCCCGUCCUCCUCCCCCCGUGACCGCACCAUCGUCGUCGCCAACCACCUCCCCAUCCGCGCCCACCGCCGCCCCGACGGCCGCGGCUGGACCUUCUCCUGGGACGAGGACUCCCUCCUCCUCCAGCUCAAGGAUGCCAUUGGAGAUCACUGUGACAUGGAAUUCAUCUACGUCGGCUGCCUUCGCGACGAGAUCCCCCCCGCCGACCAGGACGAGGUCAGCCAGAUCCUCCUCGACACCUUCAAGUGCGUGCCGGCCUUCCUGCCGCCCGACCUCCUCGCCCGAUUCUACCAUGGCUUCUGCAAGCAGCAGCUCUGGCCGCUGUUCCAUUACAUGCUCCCGCUGUCGCCGGAGCUCGGCGGCCGCUUCGACCGCUCCCUCUGGCAGGCCUACGUCUCCGUUAACAAGAUAUUCGCCGAUAAGAUUCUCGAGGUUAUCAACCCUGAUGACGAUUUUGUCUGGGUCCAUGACUACCACCUCAUGGUCCUGCCAACCUUCCUCAGGAAAAGGUUCAACCGCGUCAAGCUCGGAUUUUUCCUCCAUAGUCCGUUCCCCUCGUCGGAAAUCUAUAAGACGUUGCCCGUCCGGGAGGAGCUCCUGCGUGCCCUGCUGAACUCCGACUUGAUCGGAUUCCACACAUUCGAUUAUGCUCGCCAUUUUCUGUCCUGCUGUAGUAGGAUGCUCGGGCUGUCGUAUGAGUCCAAGAGGGGUUAUAUUGGAUUGGAGUAUUAUGGCCGGACGGUUAGCAUUAAGAUACUGCCUGUCGGAAUUCAUAUGGGUCAGCUCCGCUCGGUGCUGAGCCUCCCGGAGACAGAGGCGAAGGUGGCGGAGCUCAUCGAGCAGUUCCGGGAUCGGGGAAGGGUGAUGCUUCUCGGUGUCGACGACAUGGAUAUCUUUAAAGGGAUCAGCUUGAAGCUGCUGGCCAUGGAGGAGUUGCUCAAGCAGCACGCCGAGUGGCGGGGGAAGGUGGUCUUGGUUCAGAUCGCUAACCCAGCGAGGGGGAGGGGGAAGGAUGUGAGGGAAGUUCAGGAGGAGACCCAUGCGACGGCGAAGAGGAUCAAUGAUGCCUAUGGUGGGAAUGGGUAUGAACCUGUUAUUUUGAUCAAUGACCCGCUGCAAUUCUAUGAGAGAAUGGCUUACUAUGUGGUGGCAGAGUGUUGUCUGGUGACGGCGGUGAGGGAUGGCAUGAAUCUUAUCCCUUAUGAGUACAUCAUUGCUCGACAAGGGAAUGAGAAUUUGGAUAGUGUCUUGGGUUUGAAUCCUUCUUCGCCGAGGAAGAGUAUGUUGGUGCUUUCGGAGUUCAUCGGGUGCUCGCCGUCAUUGAGCGGGGCAAUCCGGGUGAAUCCAUGGAAUAUAGAAGCGGUGGCUGAUGCAAUGGUCUAUGCCUUGGAGAUGUCUGAGCCAGAGAAGCAGCUAAGGCAUGAGAAACACUAUAGGUAUGUGAGCACACAUGAUGUGGGCUACUGGGCAAAUAGUUUCUUGCAGGAUUUGGCGAGGACGUGUAGGGACCAUUCUAGGAGGAGGUGUUGGGGAAUUGGGUUUGGUUUGGGGUUCAGGGUUGUGGCUCUUGAUUCAAACUUUAGGAAGCUGGCGAUGGAGCACAUUGUUUCAGCGUAUAAGAGAACUAAAACUCGGGCCAUCCUGUUGGAUUAUGAUGGUACUUUGAUGCCGCAAGCGACGAUCAAUAAGAGCCCCAGCUCAAGGUCCAUCGAAAUCUUAAAUAGCUUGUGUUCCGAUACGAAUAAUGUGGUCUUUCUAGUGAGUGCUAGAAGUCGAAGCACUCUCAGCGAGUGGUUUUCGCCUUGCGAGAAUCUGGGUAUGGCUGCAGAGCAUGGCUACUUCCUCAGGUCGAAGAGAGAUGCUGAGUGGGAAACAUGCAUUCCUGUUGCUGACUGUGGCUGGAAGCAGAUUGCGGAGCCUGUAAUGAAUCUAUACACUGAAACAACUGAUGGUUCGACCAUCGAAGAUAAGGAAACUGCACUUGUCUGGUCCUAUGAGGAUGCUGAUCCUGACUUUGGGUCCUGCCAAGCCAAGGAGCUCCUUGAUCAUCUUGAGAGUGUUCUCGCAAAUGAGCCGGUAUCGGUGAAGAGUGGUCCACACAUUGUGGAGGUUAAACCACAGGGUGUGAGCAAGGGCCUGGUGGCCCAGCGCCUACUGUCUGUGAUGCAGGAGAGGGGCUUAUCACCAGACUUCAUGCUGUGUAUCGGAGAUGACAGGUCUGAUGAAGAUAUGUUUGAGGUUAUUAGCCAUGCCAUGGCAGGCAGUUCUCUAGGUCCUGGAGCGGAAGUGUUUGCAUGCACGGUUGGUCGGAAGCCCAGUAAGGCCAAAUAUUAUCUGGAUGAUACAGCUGAGAUUGUUAGGCUGAUGCAAGGGCUGGCUGCAGUCUCAGAACAAGCACUCAAGUAUGAUUAUAAAUCCAAAAAAUACUUGGUAGGGAAGUGAAGCAAGAGUAUGAUGCCACCGCCUAUUGCCAGCUUGUUUCUCAACCAUGUUUCAAGUAAUCUGAUGGAACACUCCUUGCACAAGAAUAUCUGUCAGAUAUUUAUUUCAUGAUGGACCAGACGGCUCAAGGCAGGCUUCUGAACUCCUUACGUUCGCAAUCGCAUUUUCCUUAUCAAUGAUUUGAUUUAAUUUUGCUUGGUUUAGAGAAGAUGCAGGAUCUCUGUGUUCGAGGAAGUGAGAUUUGAGUUGACUACUUCAGCUGGUUGCCUGGUGGUUCAUAUGGCCAAGUAGUGGAAGCAUGGAGUCCAAAGAGAAUUGGUGGACGGUCAUUGCUUGGUACUCGUUGCUGCGAACCUGUUCAUGUGGCCAACUAGUGGAAGCAUGGAGUGAAAGGAGAACUGGUGGACGGUCAUAUCUUGGUGGAUCUCUUGUUGAACUUUGUUCUAGAAGUCCUCAAGUGACCCGUGCGCGUGGCAUAAAGAUUGUGGUGGGUCAGAAAUGGUCCAUCCUUUGCGAAUCAGUGCUAUGAUACGCCGAUGGUUCUGCAUUUAAAAUCUCGGCCUGGGGAUGGCUCCAUCAACUUGUUCGAUAGAACAUUGUCAUGGAUCUAGCAUGCCUCUUUUGGGCCAAGAAUGAUCUAAACGGUGCACGUGUAGAAGCCUCGUUAUCUGCCAUUCAAAUUAGAUGAGCCUGGGUGCCAUGUGGGAACCAUCGUUGCGUGGCGUCCCAUGAACCGCUCACUACUCAGAGAUUUUACGUGCGUUGAACAAUGAAUCUGAAGCAGUGACAGAUGAGUAUGGUCGCCAACUUGUGCUUUUCGCCACCAUAUAUCUUGACGUUUAGGAUGUGAUCUUGGGUGGUCUCCAAAUUGCGUUUCGGUGGUUGGUGGAUGAAAGUGGUUAGGGUGCUUCGUGCGGUGCAUGUAGUCCUAUUCAUUAAGCUAUCACCUACCCCCUCGCAUGUGCUUUGUCUGUGCGGUGUAGGUAGAAUACUUGAUGGCUUGUCAUGAUCCCAUCAAUAUAAUGCAAGUUUGAAGU